AACACGUGAACAAUAAAAAACGUGCCUUUCAGCUAAGUUAACACGCUAAGACAAGGCCGUAAGCAACACAGUUAGUAGUCAUAAGAACCGAAGAAGAAUUAUUACACACAAACACAACACAACACGACUACCUCGUCAUCGUCAAUUCAGAAACAUUCAACACACUUGAUGUUGCUGCUCAUAGACAGUUCCACCACCGAAUUUUGGAGCUCAAGUUCGUGAGUCGCGGGUUUUGCUUGAGAUAGGGUUUUCUUCACAGCUCUCUCACGAGGUACUGUGUCUUUGAUCGUGUCAAUUCGGUUGUUUUGCAAAAUUGAGGGUUUAUUGUUAAGAGCUUUUGGUUAAUUGAUUGAUAGUGGUGUGUUGUGAGUGGGAGCGUAGUGAAGUCAAUGGAAGGUGUUGAUAAACGAAAUAGUGGUGCUGCAUUUGGUGCUCCAUUGCCAAGACCACCAAACCUGAAACCUGGAAUACCACCCUCUCACCCUAAUAUCAAUAUUCCACCUUCAACCCCUUAUUCCCAAUUUUCUCAGCGGUUGCGUUCUCCGGGCUCGUCUCAUUCAAGGUCUCUGUCUCAACCUUCAAUUUUCUCGUUAGAUUCCUUGCCCCCAUUGAGUCCUGCUCCUGCUGCUACCUCCAUUUUUGACUCAGAUAUGUCUGUGGAGGAAAGUGUGGUUUCUUCUCAUGCUCCUUCGCCUCCUUCUGUUCCCCUUAACAGAGGGAAUCCCCUUCUUCCUCCCCGUAAAGGACAUAGGCGCUCUAGCAGUGAUUCCCCUUUGGGAAUUUCUGGUUUUAUACAGUCUUCUCCGCCGCAGUUGGUUCCCCCUAGAGGCGAAGGGUCGGGUUUUGAGAAGCCGAUUCAGUUAGUCUUGAAGGCGCCGUUUAAGGACGGCGACCGUGCUGAUGAGCCUGUGAAUGGGAGGAAAGAGGAGGCUGCUGAUGAUUUGUUUAGGGAAUACAUGAAUUUGGACAACAUUGAUAGUCUGAACUUUCCUGGUGUGGAGGAUAAGGAUUUGGAUAGCAGGACCAGUGGUUCCAAGACGGUUGAGAGCAGUGAUAACGAAGUUGAGAGUCACGCCAAUGGGAAAACCAGUGGUGCUCAGGGGGCCAGUUCGAGCUGUUCGGAGGAAAGGAGGGAAGGAAUCAAGAGGAGUUCAAAUGGGGACAUUGCUCCUAGUGGUCGGCAUCGAAGGAGUUUCUCCCUGGAUAGUUCCAUAGGAGACUUUCACAUUGAGGAUGGGUUACCUAAGCUUCCUCCUUUGAAAAAUCAAUUUGGUCAACUCUCACCUAGCAAUUCAAUAGAUGGCAAAACGUCUGAAACCACCCCAGAGUUUGGAAAUGGAGAAUUCAGCAGUGAGGAGCUAAAGAAAAUAAUGGAAAGUGAUAAACUUGCUGAAAUUGCCUCGGCUGAUCCCAAACGUGCAAGAAGAAUUUUGGCUAAUCGUCAAUCAGCUGCUCGUUCAAAGGAGAGGAAGAUGCGGUACAUUGCCGAAUUGGAGCACAAGGUGCAAACUCUUCAGACAGAAACAACCACAUUGUCUACUCAGUUUACUAAAUUACAGAGGGAUAAUACUGAGCUUAAAAAUGAGAACAACGAGUACAAACUAAGGCUUCAAGCAAUGGAACAACAGUCUCAAUUGAAAGAUGCUCUGAAUGAGACUUUGGAUGCUGAAGUCCGGCGUUUGAGGCGCGCUGUUGCAGAACUUGGUGGGGAAUCGCUCACGAGUUGCAUGGCUCGACAGCUUGCUAUUAACCAACAAAUGUUCCAGUUAGAGCAUCAGCAGCCCAACCAGCAUAACCAUUUUCUACUGCAAAAUCGUCAUACUCAGGAAGAGAGAGAGUCUCGGUCACAACAGAUUCAAGGCAAUGAAUUGCAUCCCAAGCCUUAAAUUUCGAAGCAAUAUAUUGCCAACUGAUAGCGCCAAAUAGUGGAAGCAAAUAGUAACUGGUUGCUGUUGAUUCAAAUAGAGAUAAAAUACUUUUGUACAUGGAGCUGAAGGGGUAUAAUCAAUCGUAUAUAAGCACUGGUCUAGCAUUAGUUUGCUGGUAGUUUCAUAAGAUCAUUUCAUCAUCUUUAUUUCAUUUAUUUUUUUGACUGUUUCACCCCGCAUAUGAACUCCGAGUAUUCUAUUCAUGUUAGUAAACCUUGUACAUCAUGAAUACAACCCACCUUUCCUAUUGGAAGGGGCCAUGUUGUUGCAUAAUCUAUUUUCUUUCAAGUUUUCGUUGUUAUU